AUGCUCAAAUUUGCUGGCCGAGAAUGUUUUCAGGACAGAGUUGUCUCGACUGGUAAAGGGGUUGAGGAAGCAAAUAGUGUUAGAGAGAAGCAUUGUAGAAGAAGAGAGGAAAUAGCUUGUAGAGAAGAAAAGACGGAAGAUUUAUUGAGAGAGGGGAAAGGAAAAGAGCAUACGAAUAGGGAAGAGAGAAAGAAAGAAAAUUUGAAAAUGAAGCUGAAGGUCAAAGAGGAUAAUGGUAUGGGAAAGGAAUUCGAGUCUGAUAUUAGGGAGAAAUCUAAAAUAAAGCUUAAUGAUAUAUCGAUAUGGGUGGUAAAGAUGGAGUCGAGUAAUAAAUCAUGA